CCAAUUGUCCACUCCUCUCCGUCCUCUACCUUUUUACUGCCUUUGAAAAGACAAUUUACUCCCUAUCAAUUUCCCAUUUUACCCUCUAAUCGUUCACAUUCCAGAUAUUUGAGCCCGCUUAUCCAUCAAGUUAAAGCCUACUUAUCUUGACCAAAAGUCAAAUACGAUUUCGCUCCAAACCCCAUUGUCAAAAGCGAUAAAAUUGACCAAUCCAAUCACAAUGUGCCACACAAGUGACCUUAGCUGGAAGGACCCCACUUGAUAAAAAUCCUUCAAUCCUCCCACCCUAUGCCCUAAAUUCACCACCUCAUUGUUUACUCAACCCAAUAAACAUGGUAGAACUGUGAAGAAAACCCAAAAAAAUAAAAAAAUAAAAAAGUCCAAUCUCAAAGAACCACCACAACCCCCACCAUCAAAGUUUUAACAUUUACCCAUUUUUCUUCACUUUAAACACCACCCCCCAAAAAUUAAAAAAAGAAAAAAAAGAAAAUUAAAAUCUACAAUUUCACUUUCUUUUUUUCCCCCCCCACAAAAUUUUCUGUGCUGUAACUUUAAUUUACAGGAAAAACCCAUGCUGGAAGAGGUCUCAACUGUGCCAGAAAAUCUAAGCGCCGGCACCGGAAAUGGGGAGCAGCAGGUCAGCGGGGACGGUGAUGGUGGUGGGGUUGUUGGGUCGGUGUCGGUUGGGUUUGGAGAGGAAGAGAGAGUGGGAGCUGAAGAGGGUGAGCGAAACUGGUUAGGUAACCGGUGGCCGCAGCAAGAAACUUUGGCUUUGCUCAAGAUAAGGUCUGAUAUGGACGUUACAUUCAGGGACGCCAACCUCAAAGCUCCUCUCUGGGAAGAUGUCUCCAGGAAAAUGAGAGAGCUUGGAUAUAAUCGAAGUGCCAAGAAAUGCAAGGAGAAGUUUGAGAACAUCUACAAGUACCAUAAGAGGACCAAAGACGGCCGGUCUGGGCGUCCCAAUGGCAAGGCUUAUCGUUUCUUUGAGCAAUUAGAGGCUUUAGAGAACCACCCUUUUGAUCCUCAUCCUCCUUCCCCAUCCCGGGGUCAGGUUAAAACUUCCACGGUAGAAACAAUAACAAGCCGAACCGAUGUUAUUCACGAUGCAAUCCCAUGUUCUAUCCAUCAUCCCAAUAUGAAUUUGGUUGACAAUUCUACUUCCAGUUCUUCAUCUUCGGGCAAUGAAUCUGAAGACAAGAAAAAGAAAAAGAGGAAGAUGGCAGAUUUUUUUGGUAGAUUGAUGAAGGAAGUGAUAGACAAGCAAGAGGAUUUGCAAAGGCAGUUCAUAGAGACAUUAGAGAGAUGCGAACGAGAUCGGAUGGCUAGGGAAGAGGCGUGGAAGAUACAAGAGUUGGAGAGAAUUAGAAGAGAGCGUGAGCUAUUGGUUCAAGAAAGGUCUAUUGCAGCUGCAAAAGAUGCUGCUGUGCUUGCGUUUCUUAAAAAAUUUUCAGAACAAGCUGAUCCAGUUCAAUUGGCUGAGAACUCAAUGAUAGCUGAGAGAGUUACAGAUAAACAAGGAAUGAGUAAUGGUGAGAGUCCCGGACAGAUGUGUUUAGACAAGCAAGAGAAGCAUAAUGGUGGAAGUUUUAUGCAGUUGAGCUCGUCUCGAUGGCCAAAAGAUGAAGUUCAAGCUUUGAUUAGGCUGAGGACUAAUCUUGAUUUGCAAUAUGAAGAAAAUGGACCUAAAGGGCCUCUAUGGGAGGAGAUCUCAACAGCCAUGAAAAAGCUUGGUUACAACAGGAGUGCAAAGAGGUGCAAAGAAAAAUGGGAGAACAUUAACAAGUACUUCAAGAGGGUAAAAGAAAGUAACAAGAAAAGGCCUGAGGAUUCAAAGACUUGUCCUUAUUUCCAUCAGCUUGAUGCUCUAUACAAUAAGAAGACUAAGAAGGUUGAUAAUUCAGGUAAUUCUGGUUGUGAUGUGAGGCCUGAGGAGCUCUUGAUGCAUAUGAUGGAAGGGCAACAACGGCUGGAUUCCACUAUGGAGGACGGUGAAAGUGAGAACUUUGGUCAGCGACAUGAAGAAGAUAAUGAAAAUGAAGAUGGAAGUGGAGAUGGGAAUCAGAUUUUAGCAGGUGAUCAUUCUCAAAUGACAGCUGGUAAUUCUUCUCAAAGUGCAGCAGAUAAUCCUUCUUAAAAACAUUAGAUAAUCUUCCUACGAUGGUAAUUAUAUUUGGGCUUAAGUUGACAAAAAAUAUGGGAAAACCAUUUUCAUGAGAAAUUAAGUGGGAAUACUUCAAAAGCUUGGGAUUUUGGUCGUUUUCAGGAUAUCUCAUGGUUGUAGGUCAGAUUUUCUGGUUUUGACAGCUUCAAUUGGUAGGACAUAAUGGUAAUCGUCUUAUGUAAAGUGGUCUUUAUUUUUAUAGAUAUGUGAAGAGAAAUAGGAGGCUGGGUUUGUAAAAUUUAAUACAGAUUUUUGAUAGAAUAUCACAUUUCGUGUGUGAAAAAAUUGGAAAUGUUUGGUUGCUUUUGUUUGUAUGAAUAAAAAAGCAGCAUCAAUUGCCAUGCUGCAAUGAAAGUUGCAUUCUUAUGAAAA